AUGUAUAAAUCCGAAUUAGGGUUAUUAGGGUUAGAAAAUUUGGGGCUUUUGUCAAGGGCAGUUUCUCCACCACUUGGAGCGCUUCGACAAAGGCCAAGGAGCCAAAGGAUAGCUGAUAGGCGCGAAGGAGAGAUACCCCGCGAGAGAGUUCAAGAGAACCCCGCAGUAAGAGAGGCUCAACCGGACUUAGCAGCUGAAUUGAGGGGAAUGAAUCAAACUCUUAAUGCGGUGUUACAGGUUCUAACAAAUCAAAAUAGGGGUGAAGCGAGACUUCCUAAUGCGCCAAAUCCUCAGCCUCAUAGGGUUCAUCAAUUGUUUGGGGAUCAAGAGCCGCCAAUUGAAAAGUAUUUGAAGUUGAAUUCGUCCACUUUCAAUGGAGAUUCAUUGGAUGAAGAUCCACAACAAUAUCUAGAGGAUGCAAAGAAAGCUAUUCGAGCUCUCAAGUGCACCAAGGAAUGGGCUGUUGAGUUAGUGUCCUACAACUUGCGUGGUUCAGUAAGGUAUUGGUAUGAGUCUCUUCUUGAGAGCAAAGAAGCAGCUGGACUUCCUCCUCCUUCUUGGGAAGAGUUUACUGAAGAGUUUCUUGCUCGAUUCUAUCCAGCUAACAAGCAAGCAGAAGAUGCAAUUGCCUUUGAAAGAUUAAGGCAAGAGAAUAUGACAGUGACUGAGUAUGCUAAGGAGUUUACUAGACUUUCUAAGAGUGCUCCGUACUUGGUGAAUUCAGAAGAGAUGAAAGUUCGUCGUUUCGUUCGUGGAUUGGCAGAACCUAUGUUCACUACUCUUAUGCCUGAAGUCGGACGCAUGUCUUUUAAGGAUGUCCUAAACUCUGCCUAUGGAAUUGAAGCUGGGAUAGCGGAGAGAAAUGCUUUUAAGGAUGUUGGUAAGAAGCCUAAGAUGAAGGGACAAUUUUCUGGUGGAGCUAGUUUAGGAGGAUUUCAGUCUCAUCAUGGUCAGACUAAUCAGCAAGGUUAUUCGGGGUAUCGAGCUCGUCCUCAAGCAUCUUUUGGUGGGGUUGCUUCUUCUGGAUCUGCUCCCAUGAGUGUUUCGAAUCCCAGACCUUUUGUUAAGAGCACCUCUCAAUCUAGUGCACAGGGUUCAAAUCAGACAAGGCCAGCUCAGCCCUAUUGUCUUCAGUGUGGGAGUUACCAUUCCGGUAUAUGUUUCAAGGCUACUGGUGCAUGUUUUGGUUGUGGUCAAUCUGGUCAUCUUAGGAGGGAUUGUCCAAAUCCUAGAGGAGGCUUUGCUCCAGGUAUUGCACGUUCUACAACACCAAUGCCAUCAUCUUCAGCUAUGUCUCUUGGAAAUUCUUCUGGUCCUAGUGGCAGAGGAGCAGGUGGCAGGGGUCAGACUUAUAACAGAGGAGGGAGCCAAAGAGGAAGAGGUCAGGCACGUGUGUAUGCCUUAACACGUCAAGAUGCUCAAGCUUCUCAUGCUGUGGUGGCAGAUACAGGAGUCAUUCCAGGUUCCAUUCCACCUACCCCUCAGUAGAUCUUAGUCAUUUUGGUGAGCCCUUCUUCUUUCCAAGGGCUAAAUAAUUAUGUAAUGGAACCUUUACUCAAAAUCUAGACUAUGUCAAUGCUCCAUAUGUCACAGGCAGGAUCCUCGUGUGUGUUAUGUUAUUUUGAAUCUUGAACUGUUUAGGUAGUGAUUAUGAUUUGGUUAUGUAAGACUUAUAGUUUUAACUAUAUACUCUAGUUAUCAACUUGAUAUAUAUAUAUAUGAUGCGCAUUUUGGAUA